ACUACCAAUUUCAAUGAAUUUUGGCCGUUUUAAUCAAACUAACGUCGUUUUAGACCUGAUUUAAUAUCAUUUUUCCGUGAAAAUAACAACUUAAAGCCGUUACGUACCUUUUACGUCGAUUAUUCGCGCUGCUUCAGGAACUGCUGUUGUCAUGGAGAUAGCUGCAGCCGUCUAUGCUAGCGUUAGCAGCUAAAUGUUUGAUUUUCCACGAUAUUGCUUCAAAAUGCGUCAAAUUUGGACUUUUAUGGCUUUAUUUACUCCUUACUUCAGCUAUGCAGAUCCAUAGCUUAGCAUAGACAUCUCUGGCUGUUGUCCUCGUCCAGGAGGUACAGCCUUUUUAGUCAGUCAUCGUUAUUUAUGCAGCAUAUUUAGUGUUUUAAACUAGAGAAACAGGAUUAGCGUUACGAAAGUUCCUUUAGUAUUAUUUACCAUGCAAGUUUACCCGAGUGAUUCAAACAUUACGAUUGAGGCCCUACAGUGACUAAAUUAAAUGUUAAGGGUGAGCCGGCGGCCCUGUGAGGAUGGACCGCUGCUGGAGGAGCAGGAGACGGAGGGCCAGCGACAGCUCCACAGCCUCUUACUGCAGCAGCUCCACACCGACGUCGACAUCGAUCGAUGUGUGGCCAAGAGGCAGUGCUUCGCCCCGGCGGCGCUCUACCGGCCAUUUGGGGAGCAGGCAGCGGGAGUCAGGAGCCUCUCCCAGUUCCAAGCCCUGCAGGACGGGGAGAAGGAGCUGGCCAGCCUGAGGGAGCUUGGCCUCACGGACGCUGAGAUCCAGCUGUGGCAGAGCAGAGAUGUACCAGAGGCAACAGAGAAGCCUAACGGUGUCUGUGCAGCUCCGGGUGCAAAGCAGCAGCGUCUUCAGGUGAUCAGAGACAAGAUUGAAGCCCGGGCGGAGCUCCUGUCCCGUCCACAGCGCUUCGCCGCCAGCCGGCCGAUGUCCCGGCGGGAGAUGGAGAUCGAACAGGCGCUGUUUCAGGGCAACGACCGGCUGGGGUUCCUCACCGCUCUUUACCACCGAGAUGAAGAGAACCAGGAGAGCCAGCAGGGGGCGUCCUCCUCUGACCCGAUGGAUUCUCUCUACAGAGACGUUCUCCGGUCGGAGAAACGAGCUUCACUGCAGAACUCUGAGGGAGAAUCACCUGCAGCAUCACACCUGGAUACACACAGAACUGCAUCCAACCAAUCACAAGACUCACAGAGACACAGCAACCAAUCACAAGACUCACAGAGACACAGCAACCAAUCACAAGGCUCACAGAGACACAGCGACCAAUCACAAGACUCACAGAGACACAGCAACCAAUCACAAGGCUCACAGAGACACAGCAACCAAUCACAAGGCUCACAGAGACACAGCAACCAAUCACAAGGCUCACAGAGACACAGCAACCAAUCACAAGGCUCACAGAGACACAGCAACCAAUCACAAGGCUCACAGAGACACAGCAACCAAUCACAAGGCUCACAGAGACACAGCAACCAAUCACAAGACUCACAGAGACACAGCAACCAAUCACAAGGCUCACAGAGACACAGCAACCAAUCACAAGGCUCACAGAGACACAGCAACCAAUCACAAGGCUCACAGAGACACAGCAACCAAUCACAAGGCUCACAGAGACACAGCAACCAAUCACAAGGCUCACAGAGACACAGCGACCAAUCACAAGACUCACAGAGACACAGCGACCAAUCACAAGACUCACAGAGACACAGCGACCAAUCACAAGACUCACAGAGACACAGCGACCAAUCACAAGACUCACAGAGACACAGCGACCAAUCACAAGGCUCACAGAGACACAGCAACCAAUCACAAGGCUCACAGAGACACAGCAACCAAUCACAAGACUCACAGAGACACAGCAACCAAUCACAAGACUCACAGAGACACAGCAACCAAUCACAAGGCUUACAAAGACACAGCGACCAAUCAAAGGACAAUUCUGACCAUCAGUCAGAACCUCAGGAUGGAAGGAGUUCCUCGUCAGUCCAGUCUGGUUCAGAGGAUUCAGAGCAGCAGGACUCUGAGGACAGACCAGAACCUCGACCCGCCGCUGCAGCACACAUCAACAUGAGCCAUCUGAUUGGACGUCUGACUGGACCGGCUACACCAGGCAGACCGCUGACCGUCAGAGGGGACAUCCAGACGAUUACAGAUGAAGAAAUCCUAAAGAACCGUGAAUCUGAGGAGGAGAUCCGGAACAUCCCGAGGUUCAGAAGCUACCAGCGGGGGAAACCGUCCAAGGUUCUGUGUGUGAAGAACCUGAGUGCACAGGCGUCGGUGGCCCAGCUGGUGGCGCUGUUCUCCAGGUUCGAGCGGCAGAACGGCCCCCCGGUGGUUUACCGCCUGCUGACAGGACGGAUGAAGGGUCAGGCCUUCAUAACGCUGCCAGACGCUGAAACGGCCCAGAAUGCCUUGCAGUUGGUCCAUGGAUACCGGUUGCUAGGGAAACCUUUGGUGGUGGAGUUUGGCCGUGAACGACAGGAAGAGGAGAAACAAAAGGAGAAGGAAGUGCACGAAGAGAAGAAAUAAACACAAAAACACAUUUCUCAGAGUCGUGAUUAACAUUUUAGAUUAUUUAUUUUUCCUGGAUGUGAAAUGGAUUUAGCUGCCAGUUUUGUAUUAAUAAAUGCCUCCAAAAUCAGAGAUUCUUUGGAGGUGCAGUCACUUGUUUUCGCUCUAAACGUUUUACUGACAUGUUGAUGAGAACUGACAGACUGAAGAGGUUCAACAGAAACUAUUUAUUGGAGCUUAUUAAACACGUUCAGGCGUCUGUUUUGUUUUUACAUGUCGAAACUAUUUCCUUUAUCUUUCAUUUAUUUCCAUCUUCAUUCUUAAAGUUCAUGUAGUAAUAUGCUUUUUUCCUCCUACAGUUUUCCUCCAGUUUUGAAUAAAAUACAUCAUUUGAACAGA